AUGGGAAGACACUCUUGUUGCUACGAACAGAAGUUACGAAAAGGCCUUUGGUCUCCAGAGGAAGAUGAGAAGAUUCUGGAUUACAUCACCAAACAUGGUCAUGGAUGUUGGAGCUUAGUCCCCAAACUUGCUGGUCUGCAGAGGUGUGGGAAGAGUUGUAGGUUGAGGUGGAUAAAUUACCUCAGGCCUGGUUUGAAGAGAGCAGCAUUCUCACAAGAGAAGGAGAACAUGAUCAUUGAACUCCAUGCAGUUCUUGGAAACAGGUAG